CUGUGUAUCGGUUAAACACGCAGUACAAUGGCGAAUACGUAUAUUGUUAUUGCUGCAUCGGUUUUGUUCUUCAUUGGAUUAAUUGGAAAUUCUAUCACCGUGUGUUUUGUUGCUGUAUCCAAACGGCUGCACACUCCAACAUACGUCCAGAUACAUGAAUAUAUAUAUGCGAUAUUCACCUUUUUAUUUCUUCACUCGGCAUUUUUCCAUAUGGUGUUAGUAUCAUACGUACGUUUUGUUUUCAUUACUAAACCCCUGAAAAGUUUGAAAAUGACUUGUAAAAAGAUUCUGUUGAUGUCUAUCGCCGUGUGGAUAAGCUCUGUUGUCGUUUCCAUCGGAUACGGAACAGUUACAGUGCUAUUUUUGUUGAACAUGAUAUCUUCCGAAACAACAUGGUUUGCUGAGGUUGGGUUUAUGUUGUAUGUUUGUGGAUUACCAUUUAUUAUUGUAGUUGUUUUUAAUGUUCGAAAGCUGUAUUAUCUGUAUAACCAAACAGCUUUGAUUCGACGAACCAGAAUAGCAAAUUCGAUGCCGUUGAUGUUUUGGAUUAUUAUCGUGAUUUAUCUUCUCAGCACAAUAUAUCCUUUAUUUUACAUAAUCGACUAUGCAGUGUUGAAAAACAGGUCACUUCUAAACAGAAGAUUAUACUUUGUUCAUGCUAUGUUUUCUUUCUCAUUGCUUGUUAAUAGUUGUUUGAAUCCUUUGAUAUACUUCAUGUUUUCACCUCCUGUUUUAAGACUUCUAUCCCGAUUAAGAAAAUGUUGGAAUCAUGGCACAGAUCCACGAAUAAGCAAUCCUAUGUCGUGUCCGCAAGUGGAAUAA